AAAGCAUCUCUGUUUGCCACCCCGCCCCACACCCACCCGAGGCGACGGCGGGGAGGCGCUUCCCGGCCUGCAGGCACAGUGUUAUGUAUUGAAGAUACUGCCUUUGGAGCAGGUGGGGUACCAUCUUCUAGAUCCUCAUAAGGGUGGAGCAAAUGCUAGAGGAAGGAGGAAAUGAAGUUUGACUGCACUAAUUCUUUGAAAUGUGAUGCAAUGGCCCUAUAGGAAAUGUUUAUGAUCCUACAGUGAUAGAGCUGGAAGGCACCUUAACAGCCUACCCUCUCAUUUUGUAAAGGAGGGAAAAAAGAAGCUCCGUAGCAGUGAUCAGAAUCAUCCAGCCUGUCCGUGCUAGAUGAAUGGAAAACUCUGAUUUAAACAAAGUACUAAUAAGGAAUUGUCCUUGAUUUUUGUACUUUGUAGAAAAAUUCUUCCUCAAAUUGUUUUCACAUCUUUCCUUACUGUAAAUACUGCAUUUAAGUUAUAAAAUGAAGCAACUGAAGAGGAAAAGGAAAAGCAAUUUCAGUGUACAAGAAACUCAGACCCUUUUGAAAGAAAUUACGAAAAGGAAAGAAGUAAUUUUUUCCAAGCAGCUCAAUACAACAAUUAAUGUGAUGAAGCGAAUGGCCUGGGAGGAGAUUGCACAGUGUGUGAAUGCUGUAGGAGAAGGAGAACAGAGAACAGGGACAGAAGUGAAAAGAAGGUACCUUGACUGGCGAGCCCUUAUGAAGAGAAAGAAGAUGAAGGCAAACAUUAAGCUAGUUGGUUCAGGGUUUCCCCUUCCCACAUCUGAUUUAGAUGACUCUCUCACUGAAGAGAUAGAUGAAAAGAUUGGAUUCCGAAGUGAUACAAAUUUUGAUUGGCAAAAUGUGGCAGAUUUCAGGGAUGCAGGUGGAUCCUUAACUGAGGUCAAGGUGGAAGAGGAAGAAAGAGAUCCCCAGAGUCCUGAAUUUGAGAUUGAAGAGGAAGAAGAAAUGUUGUCAUCAGUCAUACCAGAUUCCAGGAGGGAAAAUGAACUUCCUGAUUUCCCCCACAUUGAUGAAUUUUUUACUCUGAACUCAACACCAUCUAGGUCUGCAUAUGAUGAGCCCCAUUUGCUUGUAAACAUAGAGAAACAAAAAUUAGAAUUGGAAAAACGAAGACUUGAUAUUGAGGCUGAAAGACUGCAGGUAGAGAAGGAACGCCUACAGAUUGAGAAAGAGAGGCUGCGACAUUUAGACAUGGAGCAUGAGCGACUUCAGCUGGAGAAGGAGCGGUUGCAGAUUGAAAGAGAGAAGCUGAGGUUACAGAUAGUCAACUCAGAGAAGCCAUCUUUGGAAAGUGAACUUGGUCAAGGGGAAAAGUCCAUACAUCAACCACAGGAUAUAGAAACUGAGAAGUUAAAACUUGAGAGAGAACGCUUACAACUGGAAAAAGAUAGGCUGCAGUUUUUGAAAUUUGAAUCAGAGAAGCUGCAGAUUGAAAAGGAGCGCUUACAAGUAGAGAAAGAGAGACUACGAAUUCAGAAGGAAGGACACUUGCAGUGAUUUAUCUAGGUCUCCAUUUAUCAAAUGUUUGUAAACCAUAGGUUUAGGUUUAAAAAUCAUUGCAGGAUUAGCUGUAUUGUUGUUUUUUUCCCUGUUUAAUAUUAGUGUUUUCAGUAGGAAAAAGAUGAUUAUUUGUGGAUAAUUAUAUGCUUAAGUCUUCUGUGAAAACUAUGUGCCCUAGCAUAAACAAUAUAGCAGAAAUUGUUGUACUAUACUCUUUAAAUUAGUAAAAUUACACAUAGUCUUGUAUAGUCUAUGGACUCAGAGUUUACAAUUAUGUCUGUAUAAAAUUCUAGCUCAGUAGUUGUCAACUGGGGGUGACUUUGGCCCCUCAAAGACAUUUAGCAAUGUCUGGCAACAUUUUUUGGUUGUCAGAAUUGGAAAGUUGGGCACAUUGCUACUGGCAUAUAGUAGAUAGAGGCUAGGGAUGCCUACAUCCUGCAAUGCACAGGACAGUUUCCACCCCCCCUCCCCCCAAAAAAGAAUGAUCAAACCCAAAGUAGCAAUAUUGCUGAAGUUGAAGAACCCUGUCUUAGCCUGGCUGAGCACCUCUUUAGCUAUGUUUCAGUUUCAGAAUGUUAAAACCACAGAUAUUUAUGUGGGAAUUACUUAAAUGGCCCAAAAUUUAUGAAACAGUACUGUAUAGUAUAUUGACUGUAGGUAUGAUGAUUAUAGAUGUUUUAUUCCUUUGUUUCCAUCUGUAUAUAAUGUGAGAGUCAGAAAAGAAUAUAGGCAACAUCAGAGGUUGUCUAAAGUGGGUUACUUUGCAAAGCAGUUCAUUCGUUUAGCCUUUGGUGCUUUAGAAACAGCACACAUUUUUGUAAGCUUUAUGCUUUCUUCUUUGACUCCAUUGACUAAGCCAGUAGUUUAGAUAAAAAUUGUCAUUUCAACCAUGUACUGAAAUCGUAAUAUACUUGGUUGAAGCUAGUAAGAAUGUUACCAGUUUAAAAAUGGUGCCAGUAGUCAAUGAACUGGAACUCAGUAAGUGGUCAUUUGAUUUUUAAAAUAGAUAAUAACUAUUUGGAACUGGGAAUGGGGGUGGGGAAGAAUGUCCUCUGUAUCCAAUAGUAAUGAUGGUGAUGAAAUAAUGAUAGUAGUGGUGUAUUAUGAAUUAGGGAAGCACUAUUGCACACUAUCUGACCUAAUCUGUAGAAAAGUCUUGAGAGUAGUAGUAUUCUUGAACCUGAGGCUUAGAGAAUUCACACUUUGUGUAAAUGACUGAUUUCAUAUAUCAUGAUGCAUUUUGUCUUUGUUCCUCCCUGUGAAACAGAGUUUGUAUCUUUAGUCAGUCAUUUUGGUAUUUAUUCUGAGACCGAGGGUUUACUUAAUCUGGUGAUUUGCCUUCAGUCUCCUAAAGGUAAUUUUUCCACUGUCCAGAUGAUUCUGAUGCACACUAAAGUUGAGAAUCACUGCAUGAGAUCAUUUUGUAUUUUUCCAUUUCCAGUAUAUGUAGCCUUAGUAUGUCUCUUCUAUUGACAGAUACUAUCUUGAUGCUAAAUUGAUUCUUGUUAAUUUAAGAAUGUCUUGAAACCAUAUGUAGCAUUUGAGUAUGGGUAUGUAAGGAAAAAAUAUACAUCUUAGUUACCUUGAGUUUGGAAUAGUGUUAUUUUUGUAUAAUUGAAAUAAAUGCUUCUACCAUAGAAAUGAA